UUGAUGGAAAACUACACGUACAACAGUUUGACUCUGCAGCUGGAGGGGUUAAUUGUGUCCAAGGAUGCUUCGUAUCCAGUGUUUCUCUUCCUCCUAAUCUCAUAUCUCUUUAUAAUUACUGCUAAUACUGGAAUUAUUCUUCUGAUUUUUUUUGACAAAAACCUUCAUCAGCCGAUGUACCUGCUCUUCAACAACCUGUCAUUCAACGACAUGCUUGGAAACUCGAUUGUGAUUCCUCGUUUACUCGUUGACAUGUUGCGUCCUCCAUCUGAACGCCUUAUCAGUUACUAUGAGUGUGUGGUUCAGGCUUUUCUUAUACAUUUAUCUAAUACUGCGUCUUUCACUGUGCUCAUGAUUAUGGCUUUUGACAGAUAUGUUGCUAUCUGUAACCCACUGCGUUACGCUGCCAUUAUGACUAACAAAAUGAUGAUAAAGCUGACAGUUUUUGCCUGGGGGGCAGCCCUUGUUUUGGUGGGGAUUCUGCUUGGUUUGACCAUAAGGCUAAACAGAUGCAGGACUAUGAUGAAAGGCAUUUACUGCAGCAACGCCUCAUUAUUUAAACUGUCCUGUGAGAGUGUUUUUAUUAAUAACGUGUAUGGCCUUACAUUUACUGUAGUUCUCUUUUCGUCCUCUAUUGGCAGCAUAGUUCUCACUUACACUCAGAUCACAGUGGUGUGUCUGACCAGUAAGAACAAGUCUUUGAACAGAAAAGCCUUAAAGACCUGCAGCACUCAUCUGGUGGUUUAUAUGAUUCUGCUGCUCAGUGCAAUGACUGUGAUUGCUCUACAUCGCUUCCCCCAGGCAUCAGAAACUAAAAAAUUUGUCGGUGUCCUGUAUCACAUCAUUCCUGGAAGCCUAAACCCAAUUGUUUAUGGCAUUCAGUCCAAGGAGAUACAAAAAUUCUUAUUAAAAUUCUUUGAGUCUAAGAAGAUUUUGCCAUCAUAA